ACCGAAUGGAAAGAACAAAACCCAACCAAAAAAAAAGGGAUGACACCCCAUCCCUGAGGGCCCCCAACCCCGACCGGACAGUACGUUGGGAGGAUGUAAGUUGGACUAUAAUCCCAAUCUGACAGAUAGAGAGUGGGGCUCUGUCCCCGGUACUUGCAGAGGCCCUAUGCAUUUUUUAGCAUAGUAACCCCUCAUCGCAGUUGCCGGGAUUCGAACCCGAGACCUAACCCUUGUGUCACUCCCUUCCUACCAGUUGAGCUACGCUCACCGGUAGAACAAAACCCAACCAAGUUCGGGACUUUGGUUCUACUAAAACUCUACUACCAAUAUAUCUAUAAAUAGUAACCUCGCUGCUUCCUUUCUGCAUCAAGAACCUGGCUGAAGCCUUAAGAAGAAAGAUCUGCAAAUCAAUAGGUAUCCCCGUCUCUAUGGUGAAUGUAAAGGGCCUUGCCCGUUUGAAGAAACAGGACCCGAAGGGGUCGGGACAGGGCAUCCAGAAGCCCGCCACUGCCCUCUUUAAGAAAGCCGAGGGCGAUGCCGCUGCCGGUAAGAGGAAGGCAGUGACCAAGGGGUCCCCCCCGGCUACCAAGAAGCCGAAGAAGGGGGAUGUCGCCGAGAAGGAGCCCCCGGUCAUUGUUGCUGAUGAGCACCCCACCUCCGGGGUGCAGGUGGAGAAGCUGCCGGGUGGAACGCCGGCGGGGGCAGAGGAGUCGCUGCCUGAGAUCCUCCAAGUCGCGUUCCCGAGGGGUAUGUCUUUGGCCAGCGGCGCUGUCGACCCGGGGGCCAUCCUGAGGGGUAUGACCCCUGAGACGGAUAGGGCUGCCCUUGGGGCCUACAAUGAUGCGGCCCUCGAGGACCACAUUCUCCGCUCCUCCCUCUCUGCUUGCUUAGCCCUCGGCGAACAGGCUCGGAGGCUUCAAGAAUGGCGCCUCCACAAAGCGGAGCAAGACGCCAGAAUGAGGGAGUGCCUCCUCAAGAACCAAGAGGCGGUGAAGCUGGGGGCCCAGCUAGAAGAGGAGCUCCGGCAGAUGAGCCUGAAAUUGGAGGCUGCAGAGAAAGGCAAGGCUGAUGCUGAGGCCGCUGCCAGGAGAGCUGCUAAAGAGGCCGAGGACUCCAAAGCGCUAGCCGUCGCCAAGGCUCAGGAGGAGGCCGUUGAGGCCUUUGUCGCCGAGGGUUGGAGAGCCGAGGGGCGCAAGAUGUGGGUGUCCUCGGUCGUGGAGGCCUGCGUUGAAGAAUGGGCCGAGGGCCCUGGAUGGGAAUGGAUGGCCCGGAAGGGCAGAGAGUACUAUGAAGCCGGCGAAUUCUUCACCCAGGCCCUCAUCUACCGGAGGAUGGCCCGACAUUUGGGCAUUGAGCAAAAGGACUUCUCCCCCUCGGCGUAUGGCCUUCCUCCCUUGCAGCCUGAUGUCCGUGAGUCGCUCCCGGAAGGUGUUCAGAGGCCCGACCUUGAGGACACGAUGUUGAAGAAUGAGGCCAAGGACGACGCUGUCGAGACCAGAGCGGAGGCAUCAUCGAGGCCGGCUGCAGAGGGCGCCCCAGGGAAUGAUGCCGUUGUAGUCGUAGAAUGACUUUGUAUUUAGAAAUCUUUGAACAUGUUUUGUAAUGAACAACAUUGUUCCUUCGGCUUCGGCCCGUUUGUAAAUCUCACACUUACUUUGUUUUUGA